AUCGGGAAUAUGGCCGCGCGGUCCGUCUGGGCGGUCCGGCGGCUGUUGCAGCGUCUCCUUGCCUCGAGUGCCGCGUCCGAGGGCAGGGGAUGGCCACAUCCUUUCAGCACUGCCACCCAGAGAACUGCUGGUGAGGACUGCAGUUCUGAGGACCCUCCCGAUGAGCUUGGGCCCUCUCUGGCAGAACGAGCCUUAAAGCUUAAAGCUGUGAAACUGGAGAAGGAAGUCCAGGACUUAACAAUGAGAUACCAGAGAGCUGUAGCUGAUGGUGAAAACAUAAGGCGGCGAACCCAGAGAUGUGUUGAAGAUGCCAAGAUAUUUGGAAUUCAGAGUUUCUGCAAGGACCUGGUAGAAGUGGCAGACAUUUUGGAGAAGACUAGAGAGUGCAUUUCUGAAGAAACAGAGCCUGGGGACCAGAAGCUCACUUUGGAGAAGAUCUUCCGAGGCUUGUCACUUUUAGAAGCAAAGCUGAAAAGCGUGUUUGCCAAACAUGGCCUGGAGAAGAUGACACCCGUCGGUGACAAAUAUGACCCUCAUGAGCAUGAACUCCUCUGUCACGUGCCAGCUCGUGUUGGGGUGCAGCCUGGCACCGUGGCGUUAGUAAGGCAGGAUGGCUACAAGCUUCACGGCCGCACCAUCAGACUUGCCCGGGUGGAAGUGGCUGUGGAGUCUCAGAGAAGACUGUGAAUGGGCCAUGAGGAACCGAAUGUUCCAGGGUACAGUCACCUGUGUUUCCUUUAUUUAUUAAACUAGGUUUGUAUUGUACAUGAGGUACUUCAUGUGAUCUGUUUUGGAUUUAGUCAUAUUGGCUUUAUUUCUAAGAUACUCUACUGAUUUAAUGUGACCUCUUUGGUCUCAUCGGAAGUCUUGCCAUUGGGCACUUGAACAAUGUGACAAGUGAUCCUAUGGCCUUCAUCCAAGUAUGUUUAAGAGAAUUAUUUUGAAAUUGGUACUCUGAUGACUGUCAAUUGAAAAUCUUUUUAAAAUGUGGAAAUGAGUAUGUGUUCAUGUAUUUUCAACUGAAUGUUUCUUUCUAAUGGUCCCUAUAACGGGAACUAUAUAGGAUCUUGUACUUCAUGGGAAAAGGAGAUGGUAGGGAUUGGUUCAACAGCUGGGUACUUAGAUGAUAAAGCUUUAGAGUUGCAUGAGUUUAGACCGCCCGGGUUGGUUUGUAUACACACAGGUUUUCAGGAUUUCCCCUUUCGGUUUUAUUUGCCUUUUCGCCAUCUUUGUUCUUGCGGUCCCCGCCAGGUGGGCCGUGUGCACGUGCAUUGUCCCGUUCCGACUGCCGUUUACAAGGGCUAAGCAAGGCCCAGGCAAGACUUGGGAGCCAGAGCAGCAUAACAGAGCUCAGGCUCUGGAGGCAUAGAAAGGAAAUAUCAAGAAAUUCAAGAUACCAGGUUCUUUUCUGGUGAGUAUGACCAAGAAUCCUUGUGCUUUCCUGGCUGAGUUACCUUCCAGUUAUUUUCGGCCUCCCUAGGUAUAUAAUUAUUUCAGGGGAACCAAGGCAGCACCAAUAGCUAAUGACCCAAAUCAGUCUAUGUAGGUAAUUUACCUACAGCUUUUGUCUCCACUAGUCCUUAAAGUUUCUGCUGUGUCAGAUUUGCCUCAUCAUCCUUUGUUAGAUUAUGCAGGGAGGCAGUCAGGACAAAAAUGUUAGGUUUCUACAAUUUCUCAUUUUAUUUAGUUAUGCUGAAUCUUUUUUACUUGGUACUCGCAAAUCACUACCUCUCUCACACCGAUAAGCUUUAUUUUCUAGUUUUCCUCUCUUUUUUAUGUUACGUUUAUUAACAUCUAGCUGUCCUUUAUGUAUUGACCUCCUAGAAUUAAUGAGCCUAUAUGUUUAUUUUUUUACUUUUUUUAGCCCUGCUUAUGGCUGGUGUUCUGUAAAAGAUCUGUUCAGUAAAUGAGCCAGUGAAUGACCUACCAGUCAGACUUUAGAAAGGAGGUCAGUUACGGAGACUUUAAUGUUCAAAGAGGCCUUAAUGAUGAUCUCAUCUCACCCUUUCAGCUUCUUAAGCAUGAAAACGUCUUUUUAAGACUGGACUCAAAAAAUGUCUACAACUAGUAACCUAAAUUUCAGUAAGAACUUGAAUAAGGAACAACUAGAUACUAACUUUAAUCAUUUAAGAUCCAACAGUUCUAUAAUGAACGUGCAAAUAUGUCCCCAGUGGACAAAGAUUGUUAGAUGUCCAGAUUGCAUAGGUUCAGGCUUUUUAAGUUAGUUAUCCCCAUUCUGUGGAGUAUUCAAAGUUAUCCUCUUAGACAUCAUAGAUAGUUCUAGCAGACUCCUCAUAUGUAUCAAUAAAGCCAUCCCCCAAUGGGCCCUGCCAUCUCCACCAGAAUUAGAUACUUAGAAAAAAACAAAUGAGUGCUUUUAAGAAGCAAACAAAAGACUGGUAGUAAGAUUUUUAAACCAGAACCUCUUUGGGCUUUCCACUAAGUGCAUACUGUAAAUUUAAUGAGCAGUUGGAUUUCACAAUAGGAAUUUGUCUUUUUUUUUUUUUGCCUUCAUUCCUUUGAGAUUGACAGAUGGUGGCAACAAGAAAAGGAGCCAAUUGCAAUUACCUAUGUGUUCUUGAAUUACUAGCUGUCAUUUUCAGUGAAUUAGAACAACCAUCAUUUUAGGUAUGGACUGUUCCAAGUACUUGAAGAGUUUUCUAAUAUACCUUGCAAACUCCUGUUUUAGCAAGUAGAUUGAGAAUAACUUUUAAGUUCUUUUAUUAUUCAGUAGUUAUGCAGACUUAAAAGUGUAAAUUUAGAAGAUGGAGCUACAAUGGUAAGAAUCUCAAAAAGUUGGGCUUUUGGGAGCCAGAGCAGCGUAAUAGAGCUUAGGCUCUGGAGGCAUAGACUUGAACAUAAAUCCCAGCCCGGUCACCUGUGUGAUCUUGGGCCCCAGUCAUUUCACCCUUCUGAGCCUGCUUCCUUGUUUGUACCAUGAUUAUAAUUCCCUCACAGUAUUGUGAAGAUUAAACAAAAUGUGUAAAUUGUCUACUGCAGUAGGCCCUCAAAUAUUUAUUUUUAUUACUUUUUAUUAUACAUGUUAUUUUGCGUAUGUUUUUAUAGCUGCCUAAAGUCUAGGGAAAGGGGAAAACUGGUUAAAUGCUGCUUCUCUAUAAAAAAAAAUUGUAAUUUAAUCAAUCACAGUGACUUAUUUUCCUUCUAGCUUUUGUUUUUUUCUGUGUUUUUUAAACUAAUGCAAGAAAUCCACACUUUUAGACUGGAGGAGCAAGAAAAUUGCGUGUGUGCUCUUCUUUACUUUGAUCUUGAUGGGAAAGCGAAAAAAUGUUGUAGGCCUGCAGAUAUGUAAGGAAGCUUUGGCUCACUUGAAGAGGGGAUCCUGGUGUUUCAGUACAUGGAUUCUACAAACCUUGUACAGAUUUUCUUCAGUGUCAUAAGGGAAUCAGUUUGAUACUGAUAAGUUAAUUGGUGCUCUUUCAUGGCAAAGAAUCCGAUAAGUGAAGAAAGGUUCUUGUACACUAAAGCAAAUCAAAUAGGGAAAACUAAGGAUGAAAUAGAAUAUUCAGAAGCAACUUCAAUAAAAACCUGAAUUGACAAAGCUGCA